CAUCCCUAUCAACAUUGACAAAAGCUGUUAAAUCUUGCGUUCUUGUCUUGCAUUGUCAUUUGUCAGUUGAAAUCUGCCAAGUAGUUUUUGUGAUAAAUGUGUAGGUGUUAUGCCAUAACUCCAAGGAAUUUAUAUAAUAAAAAAGCCUUUUUUGUGAUCCGUGGAACGAUCUCACUACUUGUAGCUGGACCACACGUCUUUUUCCGUUGCGAAGUUGAUACCUAACCUCUGAAAUCGAAUGUACGUUUUAAACGCGUGUUUAUAAACAGAGGCCACCAUUUAACGCAUUAUCAACGACUGGAACAUCUUUCAGGUUUUUUUGCACUCUGACGAAAGAAUAUGAGACGUGGGAAGCCCCUGCAACAGAUAUACAAACCAGGUAGCGGACCACUCAGGAAAUCCAACAAUGGAGUAGAAGAGCAACCAAGCUUUGAAGUAUCUCGAUUUAACGCGCCAAACAACUCGUUGUCGUCUGGUAAUUCACGGAAUACGUCGGAAAGCAAUUCUCCAAGAGAUACUACAGCAGCACUUAGGGGGGAUUCAAACAGUGAUAAAGAUCCAUCUAAGAGGCAAAAGAAGCCUGAGCAAAUUUUCUAUAUUCCCAGACCAGUUGCUCAGGCUAAAGAAUCAAAUUCUGUUCAAGACUCAAACAGAAACAUGUACUCAUAUUCAAAUGAGAAGCCAAGUAAUGGUGCCGGUAGUAGGUUCAAACCAAGGGGAGGUUAUUCAGAUGCAAAUCAGGAUCAAAGGGAGUUUCAAGAGAGAGGUUGGAGAGACAAAUCACCAACUAUGAGAAGAGGCAGGCAAGGGUCUGAACCAAGAGGUUUUGAUAAUGAUAGAGGCCAUUCUAACAACUGGGGACGUACGCGUGACUCUUGGAGUGUAGAACCUUCAGGACCACCUAGUGGUUACAACAGAGGUGAAAAGAUACAGUCUAAGCCACCUAGUGUACCUCGUCGUCAUAGCACUGUGGGUUUGGAAGGGUCACAUAUACCUUUCAAUUUGGACAAGUUGCCACCAAGGUUGAGGAAGAAAUAUUUAGAAGAAAAUAACAUCACAGUAGAUCCUGGUGUAAGAGAAGAUAACUGGGAUGGAUCCAGUAUGUCUUUUCAGAGUCAUGGAGGAUUGAAAAAUCCUAGUUUCCACCAAUAUGGAGGGUCAAGUAGUGGAUAUCAAGCAGGCUACCACACGCUCCCGAACAAACCAAGCAGAGGCCGGGGGCGGUACACCCAAGGUCGACAUCAACAGCCAGGUCCUGAUCACCAACAACAAUCCUACAGAUGUUCCACUCCCGAUUCUACGCGCAGUCCGGCCGGUUCAAGACCGCCCACCCCUCCGCUAGCAUCGAGAAGAGGGGAAGGGAGACCGGUCACCCCUCCCCUGACAUUUAGAAGAGGAGAGGGGACAAGUAGCCGCCCCCAGACGCCUGUCAGAAGUGGAUGGGGGGAUGAUCAACAGGGAUCAGGGUGGCAUGAUGGUGGUCAUGGAGGUGGUGGGCGUGGCGGAAGGUGGGAUGAUAACAGGGAUUAUGGGAGGGGAAUGAAAGGCGGUGGAUGGUCGGUUGGAGGAAGCAGUGGUACAGGUGGAGGAGGUGGAAAUAGUAGGGGCAGUAGGUAUAAUAGGUCAAAAGAUGGAAGAGACAGAAAUACGCCUGUGAGAGAAUCGCCGUUUAGAGAACGCCCUAUUAGAGAAACAUCUAUAAGGGAAACGCCCAGCAGAGAGACGCCUAUUGGAGAAACUAGUAGGGAUUCGCCUAGCAGAGACCUGAGAAGAGACAGAGACAGUUCCAACAGGAAAGACAGAAAUAGCAAAAGAGGUUUCAGUGACAAAAGGAGAAAUAGAAGGAAUAAAGAGAGAAGUAGAAGUAGGGAGCACAAAGAUAUGAACUAUAGGGACAAGUAUGAAGAUGAUAGGUUCAAAAAUAGGGAUGAAGAAAUAGAUUAUAGUAGACAUCAGGAUAAUGAUGUGAGCAACCACAAUAAGAGAUCUGAUGAAAAUGAUGUUGGAGUGCAGGCGACUAAAGUUGACGAUGUUAGAAAAACUGAAGAUGAAAUGACCAAACUGGAAGUUCAGAUGAAUUCAGUUACUCUGGUGGAAAUGCCAUUGGCUUCUGUUCAGUUGGUGCAACAGGCUGCUGCAACGACAUUGGAUUGGAGUGAAGAAGUAGAAUUGGAGCUUUGUGAUAGAUUAGAAGAUAAUUUUAGUGAUGCUGCACUGCCACGAAGCGAUUCACUGUCUAGUUUGCAGGAGGAAAUCAGCACAAUGUCACUGCCGCCAAAUAUUGGCACAUCUGCCCCUAGUAGUACACAUAAACGUAAUAAAAGGACAGGAGGAAGAAAAAGUAGGAACGGCAGUAGAAAUAGAAGUAGACAUCGGGACUUGACGCCGCCCCACGUAGAAAUGGGCCCACCGAGUCGUAGAUCCAGGCAGAAUUCUACCACCAGUGUGGACAGUCGAGAUGGUGGCGGAUGGUCCCGGAGGAGAGGCAGUAGGGACCGCAGGGAAGGUUGCGGACCCGGCUUUUGGGCUACUGACUCGUCCAGGGGGCCUAGUAGGGACGUCAGCCUGGAGAGAGUUACUGAGAACUGGAGGGACGAGUGUGUUAUCAAAAGGAGCCUUAUUGAGAAAAACAACAAACCUAGCCUAGAUGAAAUUAAAGACGUUGAUACUACUACGAAGAAAGCAGGAGUCAUUAUCAUACCACAUGCCAAUGAAGAACCAGUCCGUCCAGUGACUACUGUUAAUACACAUGAUCAUCCUAGGUAUCCAGAAACACGUCGCACGCCUACCCAACAAAAAGCUCUGUUCGACCCCAACAACCCAGAGAAGCCCAUCAUUGUGAAAUCUUCGAGUCCCAGAGUGGCCGCACCAGGCUUUUCCGACAACAACGUAGAUGGCGCGCCACCACCUGUCCAUACCACCGAUCAGUUUGGAAACCUAAGGCCCCCUUGGUACGAGGAGACCAGCGAUGGGUUCAAAUCUUGCCAUUAUCCGGAUCUACUACGGGACAUAAAACGAGCUGAUACCGAACUGCAAUACAUAAUUAACAGCGGUUGCCUACUGUCAAACUGGGGUAUGGUUGACCAACUGCGUCAGUUCUUGAAAGAAGCCCUCGAAUACCUGCUGACCAAAGCGAUCAAGUUCUGCGAAUCGGAGAACGUUGAACAGCACUUUUGGAACAUCCUGUACCACAACAUCAUCGAGCUGAUGCGAAAGGCUAUCAAAAAUGACCCCGUUAACAAGGACAAGUACAAAACGUUCCUGUUGUACCUCAUUGAUGAGGGCAGUAGGUUCUUUGAAAGGUUGCUGAAGGUAUCGGAGGAAGCGUAUGGGUUCAAGCUGAGCGACUUCUUGGAUGAGAACAGCGCUACGACACAUAAAGGGCUCGGGCUUGUCAGUUUGGCGUUGGUCUGCGCUCAGAAGCUGUACAUGUUCUUAGGAGAUUUGGGGAGGUACAAGGAAGAAGUGAACGAGUCUGCGAAUUACGGAAAGUGCAGGCAGUGGUACAUCAAGUCUCACGAAAUCAAUCCGAAGAAUGGGAAGCCUUACAAUCAAUUAGCUUUAUUAGCGGUCCAUGCGAGACGAAAACUAGACGCCGUUUACUACUACAUGAGAAGUCUGAUGUCAUCAAACCCAGUCCCUUCUGCCAGAGAAAGUCUCAUCUCAUUACUUGAUGAAAACAGGAAGAAGUUCGAGCAGAGCGAAAAGAAACGCCGCGAAGAACGUCAAGAGCAGCGACGUCGGCGUCAACAGCAGCUGGAGAAAGAGCGCGAGGGGCAGCAGGGCGAAGGCAAAGGCACGGUAGGGGGCGCCCCUGGGGGCAGCAACGCGCUGAGGAAGGAAACAUGGGUGCACCCGGAGGGAGGACCGAGAGUGCAUCGGACAACAAGGGCUAGCGAACAUGAAGAGAAUGAGGAGGAGGAUUUAGCGGCACUCAGCAGCGUUGAGGUUAACAAAAGAUUCGUGAUAAGCUACCUCCAUGUUCAUGGCAAGCUGAUAACAAAAAUCGGUAUGGAGACCUUCCAAGAAACAUCACUGCAGAUGUUGCGAGAAUUUCGUGCGCUUUUGCAACAUUCACCGGUUCCUUUGCCAUGCAAUCGGUUUCUGCAGCUGCUAGCAUUAAACAUGUUUGCUAUAGAAAGUACACAACUCAGAGACCCCCAGCUGCAGUCGCAACCCGGCUACCGCUCCGAAGUCCAAGAGCGCGCCCUUGUCGUCUCCCUGCAAAUGUUUAGCUUGAUCCUGGAACGGUGCGUGGCCAUCCUGCGCGAGCACCUGGCGACCCGCCCUAAUACCGAGGGGGCGGUCGAUUCAGAGGGCGCCGCUCCUUGUUCGACGCCCCCCCACGCGCUGCCGCCCGAUGUUGACGUAUUGCUGCCCGCGGUGAAAGUGUGGUGCGAUUGGCUGUUGGGACAUGCCGCGGUGUGGAACCCCCCGCCUAAUACGCAGGAUUUCAGAGUCGGAUCACCUGGGGAUGCAUGGAGCAGGUUAGCAAUCCUUAUGAACCUCUUAGAGAUGGUUGAUCAAAGUACGACAGGACAAUUUGUCAAAGAAGAACAAAAAGGUUACGUCCAGAUUCGACUUCCAGAAGACGCCGUCCUUCGCGGUUUCACCCCUCUGUCCUACGCCGCUGCCCGAGAACCUACCUUCGCGCCCUCCAUCCUGGACACAGAGGCUGCCAGGGCGGCACUACGCGUUCAAAGGCUCCUGUUCUUCGGUACCGUCUAUCUGUGUGGAGUGGAACCGCCGGUGCUCAGGUUGGAGAUUGAAGAUGGAGGUAGAAGGGAGUAUGUGUCCACUGUGGAUGAAGACGGUGAUAACAGGAGAAGAGGGAGGGGUGAUGAGGAUGAUGAAGAGGAAGAAGAAACGGUGACGAAUUGUAACGAUGAUGUUCUACUAGAAAGUAUCAGCGGGGAAGAAGACGAGGCGGAAGAAGUACCAAUCACGUCAAAUACAUCGACUGCAGUUAGAGACCUACUCACCAGGAAAGUAGAACUGGAGAAACGGAAAAGGAAUCAAGAGCUACACAUGCAGAGAGUCCAGAAAAUCCUGAGCCAGUCUGUAGUGAGUGUACAUAUGGAGAUUUGGCCGAAGUAUCUUGUUCCGGACACAAACUGCUUCAUCGAUCACCUAGAAGGGAUAAAAGUUAUAGCACAAGCUCACUGUUAUACGCUUAUGGUGCCCAUUAUAGUGCUAAACGAACUGGAAGGUCUGUCUCGCGGCACCCGUCCAACCACUGCCACCCCUACUGAGACGGGUGGUACCAAACGUCAAUCCCCCGACCCACAGCACGUCCUUAAAGUAGCCCAGUUCGCCAAGGAAGCCUUGGAUUUCCUCAAAACUCGCCAUUCCACCGUCAAGUGUAUCACCACCAAGGGCGCCGUACUUCCGUCUACCAACUUCUACACGGAAGAUGACGCGCAGUGGAGCGCCGACUUCAGGAACGAUGACAAGAUCCUCACCACGUGUUUGCUGCUUGGGAAAAAUCGACAUGAAUCGGCCCAGGAAGCCUCAACAUCUGGCUGCCAACCACCUUCAAUAACGCCAGGUGAGCCUCGCCGACUGUACCGCGAGGUGGUGCUGCUGACCGAAGACAGGAAUCUACGCGUAAAGGCGCAUGCUCGCGACGUGCCCGUUCGAGAGCUGCCCGAUUUCAUGCGAUGGGCGGGCUUAGGCGGUCCGGCGGGGUGAAUUACUGCUGGAGAAUGUACGGGGGACGCCGAUGAUGUGACAGAUGAGAGGGGAUCGCGGCGGACCGCCAGAGUGAUGAUAGAUUUGCCAAUGUACAACCAUGCCACACCAGCGAGAUCUGAGCAAAACUCGCUGUUCGCUAAAAUUCAAGGAGUUUCGUUCACUAUUCAGCACCUUACCCUAGUGACUCACCACACGCAAUUUUACUUCAGGUAGUGAUCGGGUUGUGAUUCUGCAUUCCUAGUUCCCGAUUUAGGCUUAUAGUAGAAUAUAUACAGGGUGAUAGACGGAUAAAAUAAUGUAUGAGUGGUGUACAUGUAAUGAGCAAGUGACACGCGUUUCGGAGCUAUUCUUAAUCCUUCUAGGCCUUAGAACAUUGAAAGUCACUCUUUCCCUACGUAAAUUAUUUUUUCAAAAUGAGGUCCGGUACCCGAAUAUUCGAAUAUUUCGGUAGCAUCUCCUGCUUUAAAGAAAUAAAGAGUUCAUAUCUUUUUUUUUCAAACUCCUACCUUCAAAGCUUCCACCAAUAUUGUGAAAUGAAGUCAACACACAAAACUUAUUCUAUCACCAAAUCGAAUAUAUAAAACUGUUUUUUCUAGUAUUAUGUACUUGCAAUCUAUUUUGAAUCAAAGCUAUAGAUUUGAUUUGUUUUACGUAGAUUUAGUCACAAGAAUAUAGAAACUAUUCAAUUAAACCAUCCUCCAUAUUUUAUAUUACAUUAAUUUUUAAUCUUUCUCGCUUGCAUUAGUUGCUUUGUCUAGUUAACUGAUUCAAACAGAUUAGUCUCCAUACUACUGCAUGAAUUUAUAAUAACAAAGCUAUUAAUAGAUUACUACUUUUACUCUACAGAAACCUGAUAAUCAAAAUAUCGCACCUUAUCUUAUACUUACCAUAUCAAAAGAUUACAUAGCGUGCAAGUGUCAGUUCCUAUCCUAAGUUUAUAAUAAAAUAUGAAUAACAGCACUUAUAAAAAAUUAAUAUUACUUUAUUUCUAGUACAUGCUUGUUGUGUCGCCCUGUAUAGGCCUUAAGAGGACGUCAUUUCAAUUCAAUGCCUGUUAUCAUGAACUAACGAAUUCUACCUGAAGAUCACCAACCAUAUGCUUUAUUCCGGCGUCCAAAAGGGUUCUGUAAGAUACUAAUGCAAUCUAUGAGACAGUACAGAACACGUUUUGAAAUCUACUUUGAAAAGAGAGUGCGUUGUUCUGUUACUGCUUGGUAUCUUUCAGAACCAUUUUUGCAAGAUGGUUGGCCUCUUUUAGGUAGAAUACUUUAAACAAUGAUGCUAUCCAAUUUAGUGGAAAGCUGUUUCUGGGGUGGAUAGACUCGUUUAAAAUAAGAUGUUGGAUUUACGAUUUUCAUGAGGCCAUUGUUAAGUUUUCGAAAAAUAAGUUGUCGAAUUUCGAUUCGGGGUAAAUACAAUCCAACAUUUUAUUUCCAAAUUUCUUUUAAUAAUCUGCUCUGCUUCUUACAAAUAAUUAUCUAAAAAUAUUGUUGACUGUCUCUUUUCAUAAAAUUUGCAGUAACUUAAAACCGCCUGAAACACCGUUGUGCCUCAACGAUUAUAGCGCCCUUUUAAGUGCCCACUUUUGGUUUUAUAUCGAUCUAUAUAUCAUGCAAAUACAAAGUCACAUUACAGUUAGCCCCCAGUAUUUUUGGAUUCUUUUGAACGCAUUGUGACGUGUACUUACAAGUUAAAGGGUAUCCAUAUAUUCACUCUAUGAUCCUUAGUAGCACAAGGACCAUAUACAGCAACUGAAAUUUUGAGAAGUGCGCCUAUUUGUUUGGAUACAUUUUUGGGCCACAUGGCUAUAUAGGGAAAUAUGGUACUCUUAUUUACAUUAUAUUUUUGUGUCAUCUGUUUUUUGGCAGACUUUUUAUUAUAUAGUUGUAGUAUUUAAAUUUAAUUGUGACUAGUUGUGUUUAGGGUUUAUAUAUACAGUUUAUUAUAUAAUGUUUAUAUAUAAUAUACCUAGACAAUGCAAUUGUUUUGCUCAGGAAUUUAUUGUACAUAAAUAAAUACGC